AUGAAAUCCAUCCCAGAUGCUUGUGCUAACGAGAUCAAGAAACUUCGGGGUGUUGCUGGCGACAUUUUUGACCUCCCUUCAAAAUACUUCACCAACACUAGCUACGAUAGAGCUAAUGUCCCUGAGAUCCAACAACUCUUUGGGGUCACGUCUUCAACAAACCUGGCAUACAAAACAUUCCCUCCAGUGCUAUUCCCAGAGUUGAAAGAGGACCGAUCACUCAAGACUGUCUUCAGAAACUGGCAACUGUUGGUACAAGUCACACUGGGCUCCAUAGCUUGGGCUGCAGUUCUUGCAAUAUUCUUACUGUCUCCAGACACUGAAUUUUCGAGUGCGGGCAUUGUCAAGAGGUCAACAAUUAGCUACAAAAAUUUAUUUUUCACCUACAAGAAAGUUCUAGUGACCAAGUGGAAGACGAAGUGCAUUGUACAGAUUGUAAGUAAUAUCAACAACUACAUCUUCAAAGCUGCACGACCUUUGGCAUUGGAUUCUGCUGUACAUGAAGAUUUCAUGGAUGUGAUUGAUCAUGCACUUGCAGUGCUUAACAUGGAAAGUUCAGAUGAUGGAUCAGAAACUGCGGCAGACAUAACAGGUCCAGGAACUCCCACAGCCACUGCUGCCUUGGAUAGACAUGUCAAUGAGUCAAUCUCACAGCCUAGCCUCUCCACACAGCGGCAGCACACCACAGAAACUUUACCUGGCCCCAUUGUCGACAAUGUGGCCACCAAUGACGGCACUGCUGCAGAUUUGGAGGAUGCUGCAACACCUCAUGUUGUGGGAGCUGCAGCCAUCAGUUCAUCAGGCAAGGUACUCCAGGAGGUGGCAAAUGAUCCAAGCAGUACUAGAGGGAGGUCUAAGAAGUUGAAAAAUAGAGGGAGGAAGGCAGCCACACCAGCGAUGGCUUCCGAUCGUACUACUCGGCAGACUCACAAAUAG